UGAAAAUUGUGUGAAAUUACGAAAUAAUUUAGUCAAGCAAACGGAAAGUACUACGUAAAACAUGGCGUUGAAAGAAGUCGAUCAAAACUUUUGACAAGAUUCAUUCGUGUUUUACAUGAGUCCAUUUUCUUCAAGACUCAAUGAAGGGAAGAUUAAGAUAAUAGUUUAAAUGAUUCAUUUGCUUUGUCGUUAUGGGUUCUUUAACGAUGGAAGUCAUCAGACUUGGUCUUUGGUCGUCUUUUACUGGAGGAUGGUUUUACGACCCACAUCAAGGACUAUUCACAAACACCGUUCAUUUUUAUCUUUGGAUGUUUCUUGUACUGCUACCAUUUUCGCUAUUUUUAGGAACUCCGCGUUCAUUUUGCUCAUGGAUAUGGCCAGUAUAUUGUGUCACAAUUGCGACCUUAUUUCUCAUCAUUAAAUGCUUAAGUCAUCGACUGCAUGUUUUAUUUGAUGGAGAGGUUAUCACUUCUACAAAUGUUGAUGAAGGGACUGGAGAGGAACCAUCCAGAGUUGUUGAUACCACUGAAAAUAAUCAUUGUACUGAAGAUGGCCACGAAACCAUUGAAUUGCAAGAUUUAUCAGUGCCAUGUCAAAAUCAUGCAGAGAUGGAGGAAGAAAAUGCUGCAGUUAAUAAUUCCAUGGAAUUGAGAGAAAAUAUAUCUAGCAGUCAGACUUUAGUUGCUGAUGUUGAUGUUACAUUGGACAAUGAAAUCAAGGUUGAAAAUGCCAUGAGAAGUGAAGAUAAUGACAUUGAAUUUGAGAAAGAUGAAGCUAGCCCACAUAAAGUUAGCUCUAUACAUGAAAAGAAUGAUGCAGAUGAUGUCCAUGUGACCGCAGACAAUAAUCAUGUAGUUAAACCUAGCACUACACCAGAAGACAUUGGUGAAGUUAAUAUUAAUUUGGCCGUAGAAUAUUUUGCUGCAAUCAAAGUAAAUGCUACUCCUGAAGACACCGAUACAGUUAAUGUGAUCACUGAAGAUAGUCAUGCAGUUGAAGCUGGUACUAAAUUUGAAGACAGGAAUCAAGCUGACAUUUGUAUUACCACUGAAGAUAAUAGUAUGGUUAAAGUAGAUGUUGAUCAUAAAGAAACUAAUGUACUUGAUGUAGGUGUGACCACAGAUAAUGAUGCAGUUAAGGCAGAUAUUACUUCAAAAAAUGGUAGUGUUGAUGCCGACGUGACUGACAAAAAUAAUGAUGCAGCUGACAGUAAAGCAGUGAAUGUUGAUAUGCCUCCAGAAGAGUCUGGAAAUUUUCACAAUUAUAUACAACUUUAUGGGCCACAUUCAGACGACAAUAUUGAUGAGUUGUCAAAUGGAAACAGAUCAAAAUCUCAAAAAACUAGGGAUUAUGUACCAAGUGUUGAUGAUGUUGAGUCAAUUGAAGGUUUUCCUAAAUUCUACCCUGACGUUCUUGCAAUUUCCAAUGUUUUUGAAGAUUCUGCAACCGUGUCAUCAAGCUGUAAUUCAGGUUUUAAGGAUAUUACUCGGCCUGGGACACCCAUGCCCGGUCGUGCGUCAAGCAAAAGUUCGUCACAUGACCAAGAACCGCGUGAUUUGGCCGAAAUAUUUCAUCGAGCGCUGGACACUGGGGAAGAGAGAACAGAGAGAACGAAUAUAUUGAAUUUGUCACCGCAAAGUAGUAUUCCUGUAUCUAUUAGCAGGUUAUUAUCUCGUAGCAGAUUUGAUGAAGGUCAAAGAUCACAUCGUGUUUCACGUCCAUUGACUCGUCGUUCUGCUGGUAUACGUCGUCGUCGACCAAUGGAAUUAACCGAUAUUGAAAGGUUCAGUUUGUUGACAGGUGAAACCUCUGACGUCACACGUGGUCAUCACUUGGCUGUGUCACAUGACGACACAUCAGCCGGUGCUGUACAUCAAUAUCAAGAUGAACACGGAAAUAUUCGUCAAUACGUCUUUGAAAUUUCUGAUGAUCCUGUAGAUAUUCUUGAUCUUGAUACCAUCGACAGGGAUGGCAGCAGUAUUUCAUCGGUAAUGCCAAACUUCUCCACGCCUCACUCAAAUAUUGAUUCGUCUUCUGAUGAAUCAAACACUGGCUGUAGAAUAAAAACCGAAAAAGGUUUCGCUCAAGCAGAAGAAAAAUUCCUCGCAAAAUAUUCAACUUUAAUCAUUCCUGGGAAAUUCGUAAAAAUUGCAUUCGAUCGUUUGGCUUUGCUUGCGGUUUUUGAUCGUCAUAAAUAUACGUAUGAAACAAUAACUGCUGUUGUACUCGCUGUCUUGGUCUCAUUUCUUGGCUACUGGUUGCUUCUCAAGGAUUUCUACUCUGAUUUUUGGAUAUUUAACUUUUGUUUCGUGCUGGCUGGUUGUCAAUUUUCAUUGCUAAAGAGUGUUCAACCUGACGCCACCUCACCUACUCAUGGAUUCAAUCACGUGGUCCUGUUUAGCAGACCUAUAUAUUUCUGUGUCUUGGCCAGCGGUAUCUUGAUCUUUGACAAGCUUUCAGAUUACGACUUUCAAUGUGUAUCUGUUUACACGAUACCUAUGUGCAGUUCAAACGCGGUCGCAUAUACUAGGGAUAGAAUGGCAGAUUUCAUUCUGGCAUUUCCCAUAGUAUUUCUCAUGGGACUUUUACCUCAAGUCAAUACCUUUCUCAUGUUUCUUCUGGAGCAGUUGGAAAUUCAUAUCUUCGGUGGCAAUGCCAGUACCAGUCUCAGAGCUGCUAUUUUUGCCUUUUUUCGAAGUUUGUUAGCCGUUGGAUUGCUUUUUGGUUUUUGUUACGGCGCUUUUGAGCAAAGUAAGGGUGAUUUACCGGGUGAAGAUAUUUUAUUCAGCGUAUUUAGUGGAUUGGCAAUAUCAAUAUCAUAUCAUCUCAGUCGUUCUGUGGCAGAUCCCAUGCCUUUCUGGCGACUGUUUCGCAGCUCCGCCUGCUGUAAAGAAAAUGAGGUUGUAAUUAAUGUCAAAUCGGGCGAAAUCGAUGAUCCAUUGCCUGCGAAACUUCAGAAAACUUUCAUGCGUCGAGCUCAUCAUGAUCUUAUUGUAUGCAUCAUCACAGCCGUAUUUGUCUUUGGUGUUCAUGUCAGUAAAGUAUUUACUGAAUUAUAUGAUUACCUCAGCUGGAUCUUUUUUUUCUUGGCUGGAGUGAUUGGGUUUUUUGCACAUUAUCUUAUGCCACAAUUACGAAAAGCAUUACCUUGGCUAUGUUGUGCUCGUCCUUUUCUCAAGACUCAAGAAUAUCAUUUAUAUGAAGUGAAAGGAGCUCCUAAACUUGUCUGGUUCGAGAAAUUCUACGUAUGGCUUUGCUUUAUCGAGAGAAACAUUAUAUAUCCUUGUUUGUUUCUCGGUACAUUGAGUAAAUAUGCUGAGGAUAUGGUAUUCAAGUUUGGCUCAAUAGGUGGCUCGUUGUUAUUGAGCACAAUUGCUCUAAAAAUGAUGAGAUCUUCAUUUGCCGACACUUCGAAACAAUACAUAUUAGUGAUAUGGACGUUACUUUUUUUUCGCUACGAUUUCUCGAAAUAUUCCGAAGGAUUUCCUAUUAAUUAUUUUGUGAUGUCGAUAAUAUUGUCUAAGGUUUACGAACUCAUGUUAAAAUUGAGAUUCGUGUUUAGCUACAUCGCUCCAUGGCAAAUUCCAUGGGGAUCUGCGUUCCACGCCUUUGCUCAGCCGUUCAGUAUUCCUCAUUCAACAAUGCUAUUUUUUCAAACCAUUUUAUCGUCGUUUUUGUCAGCGCCACUCAACCCAUUCUUAGGCAGUGCCAUUUUUCUUUGUUCGUAUGUCAGACCUGUGAAAUUUUGGGAGAAAAACUACAACACCAGUCGCGUGGAUCACACGAACACUCGGCUGUCGCAACUUGAUCGUAAUCCAGGAUCGGACGACAACAAUCUGAACUCGAUCUUCUAUGAACACUUGACGCGUUCUCUUCAACAUAGUCUGUGCGGAGAUUUGAUUCUCGGUCGUUGGGGACCGGUAUCUAGUGGAGAUUGCUUUGUACUUGCGUCGGAAUAUCUUAAUGCUUUAGUUCAUAUUAUAGAGAUUGGUAAUGGUCUCGUCACUUUUCAGCUGCGUGGACUCGAGUUUCGAGGAACUUAUUGUCAACAAAGAGAAGUUGAAGCAAUCACUGAAGAUGUUGAAAGCGACAAAGGUUGUUGUUGCUGUGAGCCCGGUCACUUGCCUGGUGUUCUGUCUGUCAAUGCUGCAUUUGGUCAGCGUUGGUUGUCAUGGCAGGUGACGUCGGUAAAAUACGUCAUAGAAGGUUAUAGCAUCAGUGACAACAGUGCGACCUCUAUGCUACAAGUGUUCGAUCUUCGUAAGAUUUUAGUUACGUACUAUGUGAAGGCGAUUAUUUUUUAUGCGGUGCGUUCGACCAAAUUAGUUGAGUGGUUGACCAACGAAGACAUUCAAAAUGGAUUACUUUCAUUCAACGGAUUGGAUUAUGUCGAGAAGGAAUCGACGUUCAACCAGAAUAUUGACGAUGAUUAUGAUGCUCUUGCAAAAGGGAUUUCAAGAGACAGUUUCUAUAACACGUAUUCUGAUUGGAUCAUAUUUUGCGCCGGACGUAGACAUGACGAAAUUCCUUGCGACAAACCAUCCACUCUUGUCACGUUAUGUUUUGCUUUGAGCCUGCUAGGACGUCGAACAUUGGGUACAGCAGGCCAUCAACAAUUUUCAAGCCUCGAGUUUCUUUACGGUCUUCACGCGUUAUUUAAAGGUGAUUUUCGUAUCACUAACCAGAAAGAUGAGUGGGUACUUUGUGAUAUGAAUCUUUUGAAGAAUGUCGUAGCUCCUGCUGUGAGAAUGUCAUUGAAAUUACAUCAAGAUCAUUUUACAUUUCCUGAUGAAUACGAUGAACCUGCCAUCUUGUAUUCAGCCAUUGCAACUCACGAAGAGAAUCUCGUCAUAGCCCACGAGGGUGAUCCCGCGUGGAGACAAGCGGUAUUAGCCAAUCGUGACUCACUACUUGCUCUCAGGCACGUGAAUUAUGACGCCAUUGAUGACUACAAGAUAAUCAUGUUGAACAAAAGAUAUUUGAGUUUUCGAGUGAUUAAAGUCAAUCGUGAAUGCGUUCGUGGCUUCUGGGCCAGUCAACUUCAGGAGCUCAUCUUUCUAAGAAAUCGUAAUCCUGAACGAGGCUCUAUACAGAAUUCCAAGCAGGUUCUUCGUAACAUUAUUAAUUCUUCCUGUGAUCAACCAAUUGGCUACCCUAUUUACGUCUCACCGCUGACCACUUCGUAUGCAGACACGAACGAUCAGCUUUAUUCGUUUAGCUAUGGCGCAUUGCAGGUUACCAGAAUCUUGAACGGCUUAAGAAAGGCCUGGAACCAAUUAAGAAUACGCUGUGGCACUCUUUGUAGCGAAACGUCAGAACCAGUUGAAAGUGGCGUGCACAGAGGUAUACCAAGCGUGCGUGAGCCCGCAGUGCUGGAAACUGUGCGUGUUAGACUGGAUACAAAUCUUAGUUCUCCGAGAACGGGAGCGCGGCAUUUAAGUACAUCAACAAAUAGAUCUUUAAGUGGAAGUGCUCCACAACCCGAAAGUAAACUGUCAAGCUCAUUUGUCAGUAAAUAUACCAAAUUACUCCACAAUCUUCCCCGACUGGUAGUGAACCUGCGAGCAGUCAACAGUUCUUAAAAUAUAAACGUUGAUUUUAAAUGGGUUAGAAAGUCGCUAGAAACAUUCUUCAAAAAGAGUUGGCUUGCGUUUUGUACAAAAUAUUAAAAAUUCUCGCAAAUGUAAAUAGAUAGUGCUGUUAUAUUGAUAUUGGGUACUGUUGUAACAUAUUUUUCUAAUUAUCACUAGACAUUAUACAAAAUCUUUAUUGUUAAGUCGAGGUAUUUGGGGGUACUUCACGACGUCGAUCUUAUUAAAAAUGAAAUAUGUAAAACAACGAAA